GGCUCAAUUUGCGAAGUGUCUUAUGAUCAUGUUACAUACUAUGACGGUCAAGCCUUGGACUUGUGCGAAGCUCAUUCACCUUUUGAAGUUCAAAGUUACAGGAGAGGUUAUCCCACCAACUGCACUUACGUAAAAACACAUCAAUGCGAGGAAUAUGAGUACACUAUACUUGACCAGUGCAUUAUACUAAAAGAACAUAGAAGCUUUGAUCCAGGAGCCUGUGGAGAUCAACACACACUUUACAGGAUACAACAAACAGACGAACGCAAAUGGCUUUGUG